AUAAUAUUUUGAUUUGUAUUAUUUUUAGCAAUUGUUUAGUCUGUCGGUAAUUGUUUACAUGGGAAAGAAAAAGAAACGAGCGACAACUACUCCUAAGAAUACUAACAAAACCUGAAAAAUAUGGGUAGCUGUGAUGUUGCAAUUGACUGCAUAGAAGAUUAAGAAAUAGUUUCUCAAUAGAAAAAUACUAACCUCGCUUUCAAGUGCGCUGACUUUAACUCAUUUCCUAAUAUUAAAUUUAGAACCAUCAAUCAUUAAAUUUUUUUUAUAAUUUAGUCAAAGACUUUGAUUUCACCCAUAAAUAUUGCUGCAAUCAUCUUCUGCUUUCAACUUUUGCUUCAACCCAUUUCUUUCAUCUUUGCGAGAAGGAGACCAUGGCUGAAAUGAUCCUCAGUUUCGUGGUGGAUGCAACUUUGUCCAGGGUAGCUUCGCUCAUCACCGAUGAAAUCAUCGGUGCUUGGAAUCUCAAGGACGACCUGAAAGACCUUCAAGAUUCCCUCACCAUGAUUAGUGGUGUGCUUCAAGAUGCAGAGGAGCAGCAAACCAGAAAGGAGCAUGUCAGGCUCUGGCUGAAGAAGCUCAAAGAAGUAGCUUAUGAGGCCGAGGAUGCCUUUGAUGAGUUGGCCUAUGAGAAUCUUCGACGAAAGGUUGAGAUGCAAAGGCAAGACCAAUCAGGAACAGAGAUACGAAACUGUUUUUCAUUCUCCAAAGGCACUCGUUGUGUUAAAAAGGCAGCACUUCAUUUCAAAAUGGCCCACAAAGUUAAGAAUAUAAAUGAAUCGUUGAAUAAGAUUAAGAAUGAUGCUAUGGGUUUUGGACUUCAGAUUAUAUCAAGACAGCCUCAAAUGAACUUGGAUCGGCUGACAAACUCAGUCCUUGACAACCCAGUUAUGGGGAGGGAAGCUGAUGUCUCUAAGAUUGUGAACUUGCUGAGUUGCUCCUGUGACCAAGUUCUUACCGUUGUUCCCAUAGUGGGGAUGGGCGGUCUGGGAAAGACAACGUUAGCUAAACUGGUGUGUCAAGAAGCAAUAGAAGGAAAAAAGCUUUUUGAUCUUAAAAUAUGGGUCUGUGUCUCUGAUCACUUUGAUUACGGAAGAAUUUUAGGGGAAAUGCUGCAAACUCUUGAUGGAAGUAUGGGUGGAGUUACCAACAUAGAUGCAAUACUUGGACAUCUUACAAAGGCGUUGGAAGGCAAAAAGUUCCUACUGGUUCUUGAUGAUGUUUGGAAUAAUGAAUCUGAGAGGUGGAAUGAGUUGAAAACUUGUUUGAUAAGAAUUAUUAGAAACAAUGGAAAUGCUAUUCUUGUCACAACUCGUACGGAGGAAGUGGCAUCAAUAGUGGAGACUUCUACUCAUUACAGGUAUAAACUGGGUGGGUUAUGUCAUGAUGCAUGCUGGUCCAUUAUGAAGGAAAGGGCACUGAUUGGAAGUGGAAGAACAUCAAUCCCCACAGACUUGGAGGGCAUUGGAAGGGAGAUUGCCAAAAAAUGUGGAGGAGUUCCAUUAGCUGCAAAAGUUUUAGGUGGGACAAUGGGCUUCAAAAUGGAUAAGGAAGACUGGUUGUCAAUUGGAAGCAAUGAUGUUUUGAAUGCAUCAGACGGUAGAAAAGAUAAUGUUGAGUCUAUAUUGAAGCUCAGUUUUGAUCACUUGCCUUCAUAUCUGAAGUCAUGUUUCACAUAUUGUUCAGUUUUCCCGAAAGAUGCUCUGAUUGAAAAAGAACAAUUAAUUCGGUUGUGGAUGGCUGAAGGUCUUGUAGGAUGCAAUGAAGAUGAGGGCAACAAGUACUUUAAUGCCUUACUUCAGAAUUCCUUUUUCCAAGAUGCUGAAAGGGACAAAUAUGAGAAUGUUAGAUGGUGCAAGAUGCAUGAUCUUGUGCAUGACCUUGCAUUGUCACUUUCAAAUUCUGAGACAUUGACUUUGGAAAAUUGUUCUGCUGCUGAUGACAUAUCAUGCAUUCGUCGUGCACACGUAGAUAGGCGAAAGGCAUCCAUUUUAGCGGCAUUUCCAACAGGUGGUUGUAAGAAGUUGCGUAGUUUAUUCAUAGAUGGUUUUGAGCUUGAUAAUUCUCGGAAGCUGAAAAGCUUGCGGGCCCUACUUCUUUAUGGUAUCAAAAACUUGCCAUCUUCGGUUGGUAAGUUGAAACAUUUGAGAUUUCUUGACGUCUCAUGGACUGACAUCGAAGUGUUGCCUGAAUCCAUCGCCCAGCUCUAUAAUUUGCAAACAUUGAGAUUCCUUUGCUGCGAAUCACUUAAGGAGGUUCCUGGAAAUAAAAUAUGCAAUCUGAUCAGCUUGAGUCACAUUGAAUUUGAUAAUGAUGACCAUAUGCCAUCUAAGGUGGGGCAGUUAACUUGUCUCCAAACACUAUCACUAUUUGUCGUGGGUCCAGAUAGGGGAGGCAGCAUUCAAGAAUUAGAAUGCUUAAAUCAACUAGGUGGCAAGUUGAAAAUAACUCAUCUUGAGGAGGUGAGAGACAAAGAAGAAGCCAAGAAGUCAAAUCUACAGGGGAAAAAGAAAUUAAAAGCCCUUAAAUUUGAUUGGAGUGAUGGAAGAGAAAGUAACAGUAAUGAUGAGCAAGUGUUGGAAGGUCUUGAGCCUCACCCAAACAUAGAGAGAAUAAAGGUAGAAAGUUACAUGGGUGAAAAGUUCCCGCUGUGGCUGUAUAUGAUGAAAAUUUCUAGUGAAGGCGAUUCUUUUACAGUAUUCGAUAAGUUGGUGGAGCUUAAAUUGAGCAAUUGUAGAUGCUGUGAAGAACUCCCAAGGCUUGGACAUCUUCCUCGUCUUAAAACGCUCAUAAUAGAAGGAAUGCCUAACAUAAGAUGUAUAGGGAAUGAAUUCUAUGGCAUUGACAGUGGAAGCACAAGCAAUGGAGGGAAAUCGUUUCCAGCAUUAAAAAAAUUAGACUUCAGUUACAUGAAGAGUUUAGUUGAAUGGAAGGCACCAGCAGUAGAUGAAGGAGGCGAAACAUCUGUAUUUUCUUGCCUUGAAAAAUUGAACAUUGUGCAUUGUCCCUUGUUGGCAAAAAUUCCAUUAAGUGAUAGUUCAUCGCUUGUCACAUUGGAAAUCGUAAGUUGUGAAGAAUUGAUUUACUUAUUUGAAGAACUGCAAGUACACUCCUUCCCCUCUCUUAAAAGCAUUACAAUUAGACGGUGUCAUAAAUUAAUUUGUCUUCCAAGUGGACUGAAAUCCUUCACUUCUCUGGAAUCAUUGGUGAUAAGUUACUGCCACGGCCUAACAUCUGUUCCUGAAUAUUUAGGAGAAUUGCAUUCUCUUCGUCUUUUAGAAAUAAGAGACUGUGAAAUGUUGAGUUGCUUUCCAGAGACAAUAUUAGGAGGCCUCACACGAUUAAGGGAAUUAAGAAUUGGCAAUUUCUCGAAGGAGUUGGAUUCUUUCGCUUAUCUGAAUUCAAUCCAAGACCUCUCAUCCCUUGAAUCCUUAACUAUAUAUGGGGAUUGUAAAGAUAGAAUAAAGUCUCUGCCAGAUCAACUUCAACGCCUCACUGCCCUAAACUCAUUGUCUAUAUGGUAUUUCUAUGGAUUAGAAGCUUUCCCAGAGUGGUUGGGCAACCUUUCGUCCCUUCAAAUUCUUGAAAUUGGGUGUUGUAAGAAUUUGAAGUAUUUUCCUACAGCUACAGCCAUGCAACGCCUCCCCAAAUUAAGGAAUCUGUGGAUUCUAGGUUGUUCCCUUCUUAAGAAUAAUUGCGCCGAAGGAAGUGGCUCUGAGUGGUCAAAGAUUUCUCAUAUCCCAAACAUAUGGAUGGGGGAUUAAUUACCAUUUUUGCUUUUCUUUGGGCGUGGACACUGCACUAGCUUUAUAUGGAAUACUCAGAUGAUAGGAAUGAUGCAGAUACAAAUGGAGAUUUUCAGUAAGAACGAGUUUACGGCACCAAGAAAGAAAAACAGCCAGCUUCAUUAACUUGUUUUCAAUGGAACAGAUAAAUAUUCACAAUUAAAGAAGACAAGCAAGCAUGUCUUCACUUGGGGUCAGUAUUGAAAGUAGAUUUUAUGUCUAGAUUCUCUGGUUUUUCUUGGAUAGCAUAGGGCAGAAGAUCAUACUGACUUAUGCGCAUAAGUUGCAGAGAGUUUACAAAUCUUGAGGCUUGUAAGUUAGUGUUGAAGUUUCUUAUGAUCUAUUUGUUGCAGGAAAACGCCUAAUUUUGUGAGGGUUCAAUCAUUUGCAAGUUCUUGGUGGACCUCAUGCACUUCAAGAUCUAGUUGACCAGUAUUAUUAUUAAUAUCUGUUCCAAAUUGUCUUUACUGUCAAUUGAAGGGUCCUACGUAAAAGAUGACUUCAUGUUUAUUGUUGCAGCAAUAGAUUUGGCGGCUCCAGUUCCACUUUCUCUUAUGGUGAUUUUCAUCACAAGGUAGCUUUGCAAUUUCAGAAAAGCGAAAAUGUUGGAAGGUGGUCCGCUGCAUGAUACUUCAUGAGGUCAUUUAUGUAGCUGGAGGCCUUCAAUGUAAUUCCAUGAUAUAAAACCCUUUUCAACAAUUGCUUUGAAUAUUUUGAAUUUGAAAACCAGUAGUCUCUAAUGAGUAAUGGCCAAAGCAAUAUAAAAAAAUAUAAUAACUCAAUUUAAUGAAGGAGAUUAGGAUUACUUAUGAGGAAAUUUUAAGCUUCUAGCUUGUGUGCAAGAUUAGGAUUAUUAAAGAAUAUAUGUUACUGUUUGUUAAAACUUACUAUUUUGAGCAAUUCUGAUAAUCUUACGAUUUGUUAGAGAAUGUAGGAUGCAAGAUAAUUUCAGAUACACAGCUGCAAUGUUUUCUCUGGAAUUUUCUGCUUUCAUUUGAGACGGUUGGGAAAGACAAAAAUUGUUCAACCGGGUAGAAAGAAUGUCUUUGGUGCUGUCAACAUUAUCCCAAGUAGUAGACAAAGGGAUUAAGCUUGCUAAAUUUUGAGUCCGAGCAAUAAGAAAGAACUGAAAUAGAGAUAAGUUCACAUCACUAACUUGAGCUUUGAGCCUUCAGUUCUCCUGAAAUUGACAACAUUUUUCCGCUAAAACUGACUAGAGGACCAAGUAAUCUCACCUUCUGGAAUCAUUAGAAGAUGCAAUAAGAGCAGACAGAAGUAAUGAUAACUCUCCUCUCUGUUCAAUUCUACUUCCUGCAAUCACUUCUCUAACCCAGGUUGUUUUUGUCCAUAUAUUGACGCAAGCAAAUACAGUUGCUGAUUCUUUAGCCAAACAGAGUCAAUCUCGUCUGUCUGAUUUUGUGGCCUUGUUUUAGAAUUGUUUUGGCUUCAGACUUUUUUUUUUGUUCCACUAUGUAUUCAGUUUGGUUGGUUGGCUCCUCUUUGGCUUUGGUCUUAUGAUGUUCUCUGCUUUGGUCUUUUCGGAGUGAGGUGCUUGCCGUUUUAGGUCGGGUUCUUUGGAGAAUGCCUGUUGGCAUGGGUUAGGUGGCAGCUCUCCUCACCUCCUCUAUGUUUCUUUUCUUCAAUAAAAUUUCUCGCUUAUAUAUAUAAAAACUAGUGUCAACUCUUGCUUGUACAACUUGAGCUUUGAGCUUCCAGUUUAAAAACAUCCUUCAACUAAAGAUUGAACAAAUGAACAAUUGAACUCACUUUGCAAUUAGAACCAUCAGAAGAUGGAGCCUGACUUUGCCCAUAGGACACAAGCAGCUUUCCUUGUUGCAGUUGUAUAUAUUGCAAGAUAAUCUUGAUUAUUGAAUUG